AUGGAAAACUAUGCUCCUUCAAAGUAUAAAAUUUUAUCACAAAUUGGGGAGGGUGUACACGGAAUUGUGUUGAAAGCAAAAAAUAAGGAAACUAAUCAAUUAGUGGCCAUCAAAAAGUUAAUACUUAAAAAUAAAUUUGGCGGAGUUCAACUUAGCACUUUAAGAGAAAUCAUGUCUCUAAAAAAAUGCGACUGUAAAUACAUUUUGAAGCUCAUUGAAAUAUUUUAUGACAUAUCUGGACCAUCAUUAGUAUUGGAAUACAUGCCUUACACAUUGCAUUCAAAAUUAAGAGAUCAUUACAAUCCCCUUUGCCGACAUGAUAUAAAAAAAUACACACAUAUGUUAUUAAAGGGACUAAAUUAUUUACAUGAAAAUAAUAUUAUGCACCGGGAUAUAAAACCAAGUAAUCUUCUUAUCGAUAGUCAUGGGAUUUUAAAAUUGGGAGAUUUUGGUUUAUCAAGGGUGUAUUUUUCAGAAUUGGAAAAUCGUCCAUAUACAGCACAGGUUGCAUCUAGAUACUACCGAGCACCAGAAAUUUUAUAUGGUUCACAACGAUAUAGUCCAAUGGUCGAUAUUUGGGCAGUUGGUUGUGUAUUUGCUGAAAUGCUACGUGGGGGUACUCCUCUGUUUGCAGGUUCAACAGACAUUGAACAGUUGGCCCUUGUGAUACGCUCUUUGGGUACUCCUAGUUUACGAAAUUGGCCAGAAAUACAAAAAUUACCAGACUACCAUAAAAUAAGUUUUCCAUAUUCAAAAGGAGAGCCUUGGGAAAAUAUGUUUCCUACCCCAACAAUGCGAGAAGAAAUUGAACUAGUUGAUGCCCUGAUACAGUACAAUCCUAAGAAACGUUUGACUGCAAAUGAGGCAAUUAGUCAUCACUAUUUUACUUAAAAUUUUAAAGACGUUUAAAUUAAAAAGAUUAUUAAUAAAAUUUAUACCUACUUAUAAUUAUCAAAAAAAAAAAAAAAAUAAA